CAGUCGAUAAGUAAAAGGCGCUGUUGUGCGUGUCAAAAAUUUCAUUCACUCAAACCGCGCAUGCUCUGACUACUCUUUUGGGAGAAGGUUUCCAUCUUGUUCACAUUUUUUCUCGAAGUUUAAACGUUUGCUGGGCUCCCCCCACGCCGAUUUUCAUUAAAAAGAAGUUAAAAGAACAACAACAACAACAAUGGCAGACAUCGAGGACACCCACUUUGAAACCGCCGAUUCCGGCGCUUCCGCCACCUACCCCAUGCAAUGUUCUGCAUUGCGUAAAAACGGAUUCGUCAUGCUCAAAUCUAGACCAUGCAAAAUUGUUGAAAUGUCCACCUCAAAAACUGGUAAACACGGACACGCCAAAGUACAUUUAGUUGGCAUCGAUAUAUUUACAGGUAAAAAAUAUGAAGAUAUUUGUCCCUCUACACACAACAUGGAUGUACCUCACGUAAAACGCGAAGAUUACCAGUUGACUGAUAUUUCCGAUGAUGGUUAUUUGUGUUUAAUGGCCGAUAACGGGGAUUUACGUGAAGAUUUGAAAAUCCCUGAUGGUGAGGUUGGUGCCCAGUUGCGUAGCGAUUUCGAGGCAGGAAAAGAGCUCCUUUGUACUGUUUUAAAAUCUUGUGGGGAAGAGGUGGUUAUUGCAGUUAAAACAAAUACCGCACUCGACAAAUAAUGCCCAGCCCUGGAUGUGGAGGACAAGAGUCUGUUAAUAGUUGAGUUGUUCCUCCGCUUCUGUGACAUUGCUAUAUAAUAUAUAUAAAUAUAUUAUUACUGGACCACUACUUAUCAAAAAAAAAAAAAAAAAUUAAACAAAAAAAUUUAAAACUUAAAUAAAACUAAAAAAACGACAAAAACAUAGGAGCUUAAAGGUGGACAUCAAAGACAACAGCAAACAAUAAAUAAUAUAACAACAAAAUUCCAUUUUUGGGGGUUAAAACGCGGGGUAUUUUCUUUUGAGCGCUGAUUCGUCGUAAAACCUUCGCUAAAUAAUAAUCGUUUUUAGUUACAUUUUUUUUUUGUUUUCUUUGUAAAUUAGCCUCCUUUUAAAGUGAGUUGGCAGCGUCAACUAAUUACUCAUUCUUAUCAUUUCAACGGCGUUCCAGCUUUACCAAGACUGUUAUUUUUUUUUUUAUUAUUAUUUCCAGCGCGCUUUAUUCUGCCAAUUCAGUUUAAAAUGUCGCGGAGUCAAUACUUGUAUUACAACUACUAUCCUCCUUCUGAGUGUAAUUUUCCGUUUUUUUUUUUUAAUCAUAUUUUUUGUUAACUUUAUUCAUUAAACUCUGAAGAAAU